CCCUCUUUCUGUUUCCUCAGCUGCCCUCCAUUUAAGCCAACCUUAAACCGCAACCCUCCCUCCUCCUCGCCGCUGUCUCUCACCCUUUACCCAACCUCAUAGCCAGCCCACCGUAAUCUCUGACUCUAACUUUUCCACAUCCCCUCAUUAACGACUCCGCCCUGUCCUUGAUAACAUCCGCCUCAGCCAUGAAGAUCCUUAGCAUGUUCCUCUGUUCUGCUCGUUCUGAUCGCCUUGGCGGCUGCCGCACCGGUUGCUUCACCCGACGAUGGCCCAGUUGUGCCUCUGCCCGGCCCAGGAGAGACACUAUUCGGCUAUUUCCAGCGCUUGGUCUCUAACGUGCCAUUCGUAGGCGGCCUGCCCACCAUGCUUGGCGUCGGUGGCAAGUAGUGUAUUGAGCGAUGUUUAAUUUUUGGGUUGACUUCUGGUUAAGCAAAUUCAUUAAAUCUACAGGACCUGCAUAA